AUGCGUCUUGUCUCCUUCCUUCUUGUCAUUGCAUCGCUGGCCAGCUAUGUCCAGGCAGGGAAUCCAUUAUGGGAGAUAUCUCCUGCAACCUCAAUGGCUAGCCAUGGCGCUGCCUUCAAGAGGGCAGUUUCUAUCUGGCCCAGCGACGACCCCCAUGACAACGCUGGGGUACGCCGCUGGCCUAAAAAGACCUUGACCUACGCAUUCAGCACCACAGACGCAGAGAAGAAGCUUGGAAGGAUCCUCGAAGAAGCUAAGAAACUCUGGAACCAACUCAAUGUUGAGGGCUUCCAGUAUGAGAAGCUUGAGUUGAAAAAAUGCAAAGGUCGCAGGAGCGAGUGCAUGAUCAUAUACUACAACAACGAUGGCAAACUUCUCACAAGCGUUGGUCUUCAGCCUCUGGAUGACACCUUUGAUGGCCCGUACAUGCAUCUAUCUGAUAAGAAGGAUGUGGGAAAUCUGAACCCUGUUGUCAAUGUUGCACACGAGCUCGGCCAUGCCUGGGGUCUAUGGCAUGAACAUCAAGCAAGAGAGUGGUGGGGCCAGAGCGGAAUUGACGAGUUUUGGGGCGGAACACUCGAUGGUGAAAAGUUCAUGACAGCUGAUUAUCAUCCCGAGAGGCUGAAAGACUAUGAAACAGCACUGGAGAAAAUGGCUGAAGCUAAAAGCCUCAAGUCAACAGACGAACUUACUCAGGAACAAAUCAACAUGCUCCUCAGAGAUCAAAAUACGGCGAAAGCUUAUGGUUUCACUGGAUUGGAAUGGAUGCCGCUGAGGGAUUCCGGUAUGCAGGCUGACAAAAGAUUCGACGAUGAUUCGCUGAUGCUUUAUCCGAGCGGCGCUGGUGGCAAGGGAGAAGUCAUUUUCGAUGCUGAUGGUAACGUUCUUGAAGAUAAGCGUCUUGCAAUUCUUACAUAUCCUGAUGGGAAGCAUAUGACCAUUAAGAAGGUUCCCUCGGGGCAGGAUAAAGACAGGUUGAUCAUGAUUUAUGGGACAAACUACAGGGGGGUCAGCAGGUUGCAUAAUGAUAAGAGCAGUAAACUGCGAGGGUUUAUGAAGAAGAUGCGAAGCAGCUUGUCUCUCAGAGCUGGCGAUACGGAAGAGGGCAGGUGUGAGUAG